AUGUCUGAAAACAGAAAAAGGCCUGCCUUCUGUGGGGACGCUAUGUCAAACGGAGAAAAUGUCACGGGCUUAUCUUUUCCAAAGGCAAAAACUCCUGGCCAGAAUAAUCAUGAAGAUGGAGAAGAACUGGAAAUAUCGCCCAAUCAGAAUAAAUGUGAUCGUCAUCAUAUUGCAACUUCUGUUAUGCUUAAUCUCUCAAGCAAAGAAUCAGAACUUACUGAAUCGGAACUUACUGAAUUGGAACUUACUCAAUAUUUGGAGGAGGACAUUCUUCGUGAAGAGCCAGAUUUUUCAUCGAUUAAAUCCAACAAUACUAUCCUGGAUUAUGGACCAUGUGGAGAAUGUGAUAUUCCCAUUUUGACAGAAGACCCACCUAGAUUGCUCGUUUUAAAUGUUUGUGAUGAUAUGAUCCAUCGGACUUGUGCGAAAGCAAUGUAUAAAGAUGGAACAUUACUUUGCUCAUGUGACAUGGCAGAUAAUAGUGAUCCAUUAUUACCUUUCCAAUACAGCAUAGUUGAUUAUGGCGGUAGAGAAAAGAGCAGUAUUUCGGGAUCUGAGAGACUCUCUUUUGUUAAUCUUAAAAACCUUGGAUAUAAUAUCCUCAAAAGUCUCGAAGAUAAAACUGUUAGAGAUAUUACUUUCCCAAAACUAGAUUUAUGCUCCGAAUGUGGCAAUGACAUUUUAAUGUCCCCUCUUAAGGCGAUCAAGGGUAUAGCAACUCAACAGGUUAAAAGUAUUUUGAGAUGUGCUAAAUGCUCUGAAGAUUUUUCUUCGUGCCUCCCUCCUCUAGGCUUUCUUUGGUUCUCUUCUCAACCUCAAGUUCCCUUGAAAUCACUCGUAUACUUAACUUGCAAACAUAUUGUGCAUUAUGACUGCAUUAAUGAUCCACGUAAGCUGUGUCCUAUAUGUCCAUCAACUAAUGCUACAGAAACUGAUGAUAUGGAAACUGACGAUGAUGAUAUGGUAACCAACAAUUUGGAAACUCAGAGCUUGAGUACCACACAGAAAAAACGUACUAGAAAACCUGCUUUUACUGAAAAAUCUUCUAAUAAAAAGUCAAAGAAGUCUAAGAAGACUGUUGACUGGGAUAAUUCCCCUACAUUGCAAAGACUGAUUAAAGAAUUGUCUACUGAUAAUCCUGGAAAUGAAGAAGAAAUCUUACAAACCGAACCCACCUCUGAACUGAAUAGUAACUCAAAUAUUUUCCUCAACCUAUAUAAUAAAAUUGUUGAUGGUGAAGACCUUCUUAAAAAGACAACACAAGACAUUCUUUGCUAUUAUUUUGAUUUUAGGGAAGCAUUGAAGAAACGGUAUAAUCAUUAUAGAUCAUUAAAUCAUGGUGAAUAG